GAAAGUUGGGAGGAAAUAGCCCAGGAAAAGUGACACUCGCGGAGCCCGCCGGAGAGCGGAGGAAAUAAAAGCGGCAGCGGGCAGGAAGUGUGAGGAGGUGGAGGAGGAGGAAGGGGAGAAGAAGGAGGAGGAGGAAGAAAGAAGAAGAAGAAGAAGAAGAGCGGACAGCAGCAGCAGUCGCUGCUACCGCGACAGAAGGGAAAGCAAAAGCCGCUCGCCGUUUCGGUGCCGCCCGGCCCGGCAUCCGCGGGUCGCGCUCCGCGGCCAUGGCCCGGGAGAACGGGGACGGUGGCGGCUCCUGGAAGAAGCAAGCGGAGGACAUCAAGAAGAUCUUCGAGUUCAAGGAGACGCUGGGGACGGGUGCGUUCUCAGAAGUUGUUUUGGCUGAAGAGAGAGCGAGUGGGAAACUCUUUGCAGUCAAGUGCAUCCCCAAGAAGGCACUGAAGGGGAAGGAAAGCAGCAUAGAAAAUGAAAUUGCAGUCCUGAGAAAGAUCAAGCAUGAAAAUAUAGUUGCCCUGGAAGACAUCUAUGAAAGCCCGAACCAUUUAUACCUGGUCAUGCAAUUGGUGUCUGGGGGAGAGCUUUUUGACCGCAUCGUUGAGAAAGGCUUCUACACUGAGAAGGAUGCCAGCACCCUGAUCCGACAGGUCCUGGAUGCUGUCUACUACCUGCACAGAAUGGGCAUCGUGCACAGGGACCUCAAGCCUGAGAAUCUGCUCUACUACAGCCAGGAUGAAGAGUCAAAAAUCAUGAUCAGUGACUUCGGAUUGUCAAAGAUGGAGAGCAAAGGAGAUGUGAUGUCCACAGCCUGUGGGACUCCUGGUUAUGUUGCUCCUGAAGUGCUGGCCCAGAAACCCUACAGCAAAGCUGUGGACUGCUGGUCUAUUGGGGUCAUUGCAUACAUCCUGCUCUGUGGGUAUCCCCCUUUCUAUGAUGAAAAUGACUCCAAACUCUUCGAGCAGAUCCUUAAGGCUGAGUAUGAGUUUGACUCUCCGUACUGGGAUGACAUCUCAGAAUCUGCUAAAGACUUCAUUCGGAAUUUGAUGGAGAAGGACCCUAAUAAAAGAUACACCUGUGAGCAAGCAGCAAGGCACCCUUGGAUUGCUGGUGAUACAGCACUCAACAAAAACAUCCACGAGUCGGUCAGCGCUCAGAUUCGGAAGAAUUUUGCAAAAAGCAAGUGGAGACAAGCGUUUAACGCCACGGCGGUCGUGCGGCACAUGAGGAGGUUACACCUGGGCAGCAGCCUGGACAGCUCGAGUGCCAGCGUGUCCAACACCCUCAGCCUUGCCACCCCACUUCCCGACACGGCUACACGGAAAGAUUGUAUGUCUCCAUCCACUCUCUGUAGUUUUGUUUCAUCUGCUUCUUCAGGCGUUUCUGCAGUAGGAGGGGACCGGAGACCCAGACCCACCACAGUGACCACAGUGCACACAGGGAGCAAGUGAGAGCCGAGGCUGCGAGGAGCGGGCAGGGUGGGCGGCCCCGCGCCCUCCCGCCCAGCCAAGGACUAGAAGAAAGAAGAAUUUUUUAUGGCCAUAUUUUAUACUGCAAUUCUGAAAUGUUUCAUUUAUCACAAACUGCAAUGACUCCAGGGGGAACGGAUCUAACAGUCUCUGGUGCUGUACAUAUAUAUACAUAUAUAAAUAUAUAUAUAUAUAUGUGAGUCUAGCAAUGUUCUAACUAAUGAACGCUCAUUCUUUUCCCCAGUGAUUUACUCUUUUCCUAGUGUAGGUAACAGUUUAUGUUGUUUUGGGUUUUUUUUUUCAUUAACUACAAACAUCUCAACUGGAUUAUUUAAAUAGAAAUACUUUUCUGAAGCAUUAUUUUUCUUUUUAAGAGUACUUCCAGUAAUGUUCCUCCUUCCUGUUUGCUGGGGGGGUUAGCUAUUUCUGUAGGUAGGGACUGAUGUUAACCUUGUAACAUGGGAGGAUUUCAAUGGCAUGACAUUUCUUGCUCCUCAGAUUGGACUGCAAGCCUGCCUGGCUUUAGCAGAGCUUCUACUGCUCAGAAUGAGAAACUGUUGCUUUCCUUCCACUCCUCCUCCACUCCUUCUUGAAAGCCAUGGCAUGAGUUAGAUUGUCACCAGCAGGUAGCCAGCUCAUCCUUAGUCUAAUACCUGUCGUGCUGGGGAUCUGCAGCACCCUUGUUUCAGAGGAGAGGCAGGUACAUGGUGCCAGAGCCAAGAGCUGAGCAAAUGAAAUGACAGAGCACAUUCUCAUCCUUCAGCUCCUAUCUCCUUCCAGUCACUGUGUACUGCAAGCAGAAGAAAAAGGGAAGAUGUGGGGCUUGGAGUCGUAGUCAUCCCCUGCCACUGACUCACUGCCUUUGGGUGAGACAUUUAACUCACCACCCUUCUCCCAGCCUGUGUCUGCUGUGGCUGAAUCCAGCCUGAGCUCUCCAUGCCAGAGGUGUUGAGCUAACAGGGCUUUGCCUGGUGUUACUGAUGCUCAAGUAGCCAAAAUUGAGUAUCAAAAACCAAACAGAAAAGUUUGGACCUUGCCCUCUGCAUGUCUACGUUUCCCUCCUGGGGAGUGGGGUGACACUUGCACCUCUCAGAGAAGCACUGUCAGGUUCUUGGGUGCAAAGUGCAGGAUCUGGUGGAGUGUUGCUGCAUCACACUUAGCUCUGCCUGAGAGCUGGCAAGGAGCUGGGAAAGCAGGACCUCCCCAAAAGGCACAGGCACUUGCAGGUGCAGUGGUGGCACUGCCUCACCCUCAUCCCCAGCAAGAUCAUAUACAAAAGCAACACCAAUUUUCCCACUUUUUCAUGACUGAAUACGUGCACUUCCCAGGCUCUGUGUGCUGGUUCAUCAUUUAGGAACAGCCACCAUGACUGUUCAGCAGCUGGAAAUCGUAGAAGGAAGCAAUUCUGCCCAGAUUUACCAAAGGGCUCCAGAUUACUUCCACACCAUUUCCAUCUGUGAUUUUCUUUGGAGCAGGAGGGAUGGGAGGCAGGCACCCUUCCCCAGCUGCUGGGAGCCUCUUGCACCCCAGAUGGGUCCAUCCCCAGCCAGAGGCACAAGCCAUUCCCUGUAGCCUGACCUGUUGCCAUGCUCACCUCAUUUAUCUUGCACAAAAAAUCGUGAUGUCACAGACACAGAUGAAUAUAUCAGGCAAUAGUGACCAGCCUGGGAAAAGCCAUAAGAUCUGCAUUUUUUACUGAGGCUUCAAACUCCUGCUUCAGCUUCAGCCAGCUGGCAUCAACCAACAGAGCUGGGAUUUCAUCUAUCAUUAUCCAGCACUAAAAGCUGGAAAAGCAGGUGGCAAUGAGCACUGACUCUGAAAUAGCCUCUUCUUUGGUGCCACUAAAAGUUGUUGCCCCCAAUAGGUCUCCCAUUUCCUUGGAAUUAAGCUGCUUCCCACUUUUGGAGGAUCGUGGCAUAUCUGAGUGAGCCCCUGGGACCCCCAGUACACUCCAUAGUGUUGGCAGCAGGCAGAAGGGCUUCAGCUUCAACUUCUUAUGUUACAAAAAAUGACAGGUAUUGGUCUCUUUGCAGUUUGAGGCAAAACUCCAUAUAAUUUCCCUGGUGAGGAUAUUUCCCCGGUGACCUAGAUUUGGGCAGAUAGCAGGGCAAAGGAUCUCCUUGCUGCAAGUCUCUCCCUUCUCCUCAUCCCCAGACUCCGGCCACCAUGUACUCGUGUCCCAUUGACAAAGAGUAGGAAGAAAUUGGCAUUUAAGAUCAGGGCUCUUUAUGGUUUGAUGCAAAGGUGUCUGAAAAUAAGUAUAAUAUGAUUUAAACUCAUUCUAAAGCCACUUUAUUUUGCCAGGCUGAGUAAGGAAGCAUUAGUUUAAGAAAGACUCCUAUCCCAAGAAAUUCAAGUUGUUUUGAACACACGUGAGCCCAGCUGGCCUAUUCUGCUCCAGUUGCAUGGAUGUAAAAUAGGCAGUGCUCCAGUCUGGAAUCAGUGGAGUUCCCCACAUUUACACACACACACAACCAAAAGCAGGAUUUGAUCAGGGAAUGUUUUCUUCUUUGCACAGUUAUUUCAAAGAUGAGGGCUCGAGUGUUCCCUCUCUGCCUUCUCUUCUGAAACCUGAGGUCUGGUUUGAACUUGAUGUAGUUGCCUGAGAGAAAAUACAUCAUCCAAAUGUGUUUUGCAGGAAAACAAACAAACAAGCAAAAAGAAAAAAAAGAAGAAGAAAAAAAAAAGAAACAGAAGGAAGCAAAUGGAUUUCCUCCUGCAAAGCCAAGAGCAGUGAUGGGGGCAAAGGCAGAUAUGCUGUCCUGCAGAUGGGGGGAUCCCAUACACCAGCUGGCUCUCCUUGCUGGAUGCUUUCUAUGGGUUUUUAUUGUUGGGAGAGGUGUUCUUUCCUUCCAUAUGUGGAACCAGUAAUAUUUGGUGUAGUUCAGUAAUUUGCCAUUCUCUUUGUCUUGCUAGCAAAUACUGGGAUUUUAAGACCAAACCAAGAAACACUUAAAAGCAAAAUUUCUACAUUCUUCUACAAUUUUAGGUGGUGGGAAACUCCUCUUUUGUAUCAAUGAAACACAACUGGAGACCUGAGCAAGGUUUAGCAUAUGCUUAGAGACCUCUCCUGUCAUUGAGACUUGAAGUAUCUCUUGGUUAAAACUUCUCAGUUUAAAUCUGGGCAAGUAAGUUAACUGGGAUGACUUAGUUGGGACUUAGUAUUUAUGGAGGGGACUGGAAACAUUUGCCUCUUGGCAGCACAGCCUGGUAUGGCCAAGUCCCUGGCAUCACUUGCCAGGUAUGCUUCAGUGCUGCUGUGUGUCCUUCCCCUGCCCUGCCCCACCUCUUCUCAGCCACUCUCACAAGUGAAUGCAAAUCCAAAAGUAAAUAAUGUGUGCAUGUGUGGAAAGGGCUAAUAAUAGCCCAAUGUAGAACAUUCAAACCCAAUCCACAGCUAGCCUUGACAUGGAGGAGCAGGUAGAAAAAUCCUUCUGGGUUCUUUCCCAAUAGACUGUCCUACUGAGAAAUGUGAUUUACUCCUCACAUGAGGACUUCAGCCUGGACUCACCUCUCUGUUACCCUUUUCUGCUUUACUUUACUGGCACCGAUGUUUUCUUCCUUUGUAACUUGUUUUCCUCAGCUCCUUCCCCUUCUUUUUCUUUGCUUGCAGCUUUGAUUGUUGAUUUUUACCUCCAGAGUCACAGAGGCCAUCUCUGAUGCCUGCAGCACUGCUCUUGCUGGGAAAACAAAACCAAAAUCCAGAAAACCUCCAGCUGGCCCCUUAGCCUGCAGAAGUUGUGAGGACAGGCUGCCCGUGAACUCUGCGAGAUGAAAGUCAGUGUUGCAGUGGCAGGGGCUUCUGCUGCUGAUCUUGCAUGUGACUUCAUUCCCAGUGCAUCCUAACUUUCUGCUGGAUCACCCCUUCUGCAGCACAAAACGGAUCCUGGCCCUGCAGCACUGCUAGUGGGGAAGUAGGAGGACGGGGAAAACCUGGCAGUGAUGCUUUCCUGGGACUGUGUUACUCUUCUGGUGAUGUCUCUUCUGUCCUGGUUGCUAUUGUACAGGUGCCAUUAGAGUAGUGGGUGCAGAAAAAAAAAAAAGUUAAAAAAAAAAAAAGUAGGAUUUUACCUAUGCCUUGUGUGUCUGUUAUGGUUGUGGUGCUGAAAUAAAAAUGAGCAAUGACAGAGAUUUCUCCCUGAGAUGAAUCAAACCACAAAAAAGGGAUCAGCCCACUGGUAGACAUCUCCAUGUAGUUCUACAGUAGGGAUUAGAUAGGGGUUUCUGCUGUGCAUGUGUUCUGCAUACCUCCAUGGCUAUUGACAGUAUUUUUUCUAGAACCCCUGAAGGACUUUGGGAGUUGUCCAAAGGUUUUCCCAGCCCCAGGAUCCAGCAGACCCUGAUCUCUGGCUUUUCUCCACAAACCCUUUGUAAACCAGAAAAUGGCCUCCAAAAGUGCCCAAGAAAUGCAGUGGCAGCCAGCCCUGAGGCUGCUGCUUCAUUGAGCAUGACCCUCAGACAAUCCUCCAGGAAAAGCCAGAUAUUUUUUUAGUCAUUGGUGGGCAGGGACAAUAUUGUCCUUUGAUGUGAACUUGGCCAUUAAGUAGAUCAGAUAUAGGCAAACCUGAGCUAUUAAUCCCCCCUGUGGUAACAGCUCUAGACCAAAGCAGCACUGAAUUAAUACAGCAUAAAAACACCAGAUUGACUUUGCUAACAUGACCAUGCAGACUGUAGCCUCUUGCUUUUGCUCUUUCUAAAGAGUCAGGGGAUUCAUCUGCUGGCAAAAUAACAGUUUUUAGACUCAGCCCUGAGGUACAGAAGUAUCUUCCUUUCAGACUAUUACUUGCAUUCUUGCUCUCUGUUUAUUGGGGCCUGAAUGCAGCCCAGAAAUUAUCCAUGGGAAGGGCAUUUUGCCUUCAUUAUCAUGCUUAUUUGCAGCAGAAACUUGAUGCUGAGAGUUAUACUCAUUCAAGCAAAAAGCAGAAACACACAUGGAGAUUACAGUAUCCAAGGAAAACAGUGUCAAAAGCAAACUUGGAGGAUUAGUUGGCGAAUCACUGUGAGCAAUGGCUGAGUGAGGAGAUGGCAACCUGCUCACAAACAUUGCAGGAAUAGUGUUUCCCCUGGUAAAUUCCAGAUUUCUUGCCCAACAGCAUGUUUUACCCAAUCUCUUUCAUUUUUCCCCGCAUGCCCUGCAAUUUUCCCCUGGGUCCUGCCUUCCCAUCCUCUCUGCUGGGGUGGUCCAGUCUCUGUGACAUAUGUGUGUGUGUGUGCAUGUGUGUGUGUGUGUGUGUGUUGCUGCCCCAGGAAUCCCAGAUCCCACCGAUGGGAGAUCAGGAAUUGGUUCAGGUUUCUUGGUCUGACUUCGCGCGGUUGGGCCAACGCUGUGUAAAUAGUGUUUGCGGUGGAGGAUAAAGGCUCUUUACUCCAGACUGGUUUUUAAGACCCCUUCCUCACCACAUACUGUGCCACUGGUUUGUCCAGGUAGAUAUUUUUUUCCUCUUCUUCAUAAAUUAUGAGGUCAGAAGAGCGACUCUGACAUUUUUGUAUGCUCCAGAGUGGAAUCGGGGCACGUACGCUCACAAGCGUUGUGAAAAAACACUGCUGAGCUAAUGAUGCCAUCAAAUGUCCAGUAAAUGCAUGAUGCUCAACUGCAUGUAGUAAACUGCUGCUCACUGUUUCUGUAUUUCCCAAUCCUUUUCUUUAUGCACAUUCAACCCAACCUUUUCUUCGAGGGGUUUACUUCUAUGUUUUGCUUUUAAAUGACUCAGUGUAUCUGUAACUCGAAAUCCGUCCUUAAGUUUGAGUAAAUGCAAAAGCUGAUGUUUUGUAAACAAGAUACUGCAAAGCCUGGUAAUGUAUUUUUGUCUUUCUGUUGAAUGCCCUGCAGCAUGUACAGGAAGAGUCACCAUCCAGAGCAGUUUAAAACCAUGCAGCAGUCACAUACACGUAUCUAAAAACAGGGAGCCAGGGAGGGGAGGGUCCCUUUCUGAAUACAAAGUUUAAAAAUUUGAUCUGCAUCAAAAAAUUCCUUCCCUGGGUUGCUAAUGCUACCAAGAAGCAUGUUGGUGUGUCUCUUUUUUCUUUUUAGUUUUUUCUUUUGGUUUGUUUUUCUUAGUCAAAGCAUAGACUGGUUUACUCAAUUCACAGUAUUUUUCUCUCCCUACAGAAUAUUCAUUUCUCACCUGUUGCAUAAUGAACUGUGUUUUGGGGACCAAGAUGCUGUGAUUAUUUGCCUGCACAAAAUAGGGCAGAGAGCUGAGCUAAUUAUUCCAUCCUUUCCAAAGCAUCACCACCUAAAUGCUAACAUUUAAUCUUUGAGCCUCCAUUUAGUACCACCAUUUAUUCAUGGAAGAGUUUGCUGUAGUACUUUUCCUUCUUUGCCAUGGAAAUGGUGUCCUUGCCUUCUCUUCCCUUAGUCAUUGACCCAUUUUCAUUUCUGCUGGUCUUUCUAAGGCAGGGUACAGGAUGGCCACAUGGUACUUGUAAUACCUUCAGCUCAUCUCAUUCUCUUGUGGGCAUCAGCACUGGGCAUUGGUCCCAGCUCCUGAGUUAUUGCUAUGUUAGUGUGGAAGAGACACUGGAACAGUCUGCCCAGGGUUAUUGUGAAUGGAUUUGGAACAUCCCUGGAAGUGUUAAAGCCAGGUUGGAUGGAACAACCAGGUCAGGUGGGAUGUAUCCCUGCCCAUGGUAGGGGGUCUGGAAUUAGAUGAUCUUUGAGGUCCUUUCCGACCCAAACUAUUCUAUGCUCAAAUUCCCAGUACUCAAAGCAGAGCCCUCUGAACUGGCUGGAAUAUUGCUCUGGGUUCCUGGAAAGGGCAUGCCAGCCAGUCCUUGGGAAUUAUGCAAGGAACUUCUCUGUGGUGGCUGAAAGCAUCAAGAAGUCUUGCACCCGCCUUCAAGGCUGCUGCUUCAGCUUCUGUGCCACUGCUGAGGCCCUGUGUGGCUGCAUAAAAAAAAAAAAUCAUCAUUAAUAAUGGUUGUAAAUCAGCCUGAGUUCACUAAGGCAGCACAUGAUGCAAGGCUUCAUGAUGAUGUGGACCUAUGCUGUGGCUCCUGGUGUGGGUGAGCUCCCAAGGGAGUGCUCAGGGUAGCUCUGAGCUUUUCCAUCUCCCAUCUGCAUCCCCUGAGCCCAGCGUGGCAUCACAAAUGCUGUGCUGUAGCAUGAGCCCCAAAGGGAGAGUGUAGAAGGUUGAAGCCCAGUGGGAGCUAUGGUGUGACUGAUGUUUCUGGUCAACACAUCCUGUUGUACAUUGGUCUUUAGUGGAUAAACAGCAUUUUGGUCAGUUUGGGCCUUUUUUUUUUAGAUAAGUAUUUAAUUUAGGUCAGCAAACAUUGAAAAAAAAGCCCAGUCUGCCCAGACGAGUGACUCCCCAAAUAUCCCCAACUGUAAACCAUCUCUCAGUUGACUUUUAUUGAAAAUUCAAGCAUGUUUUUCUACAAAGGCUUAAAUCUUAAUCGAGGAAUGUCAGUGUGCCUACUGUUGCAGGUCUUGUGACUGAUACAAGUUUAUAACAGCAUCCAUGUCCAAAAAGAUGGGAGAAUGUGUAUUUACUCCAUGCAUGUAUUAAGGCAUUGCAAAAGUUUUAUCUGCAUAAUGAGUUUGCAGUACUGCAAAAUGUUAAUGGGGCUACGUCGCAAGUGGUUCUCUGCCUUGACAAUCACCUAUACAUAUCGAGAUUUCUAUCAUAAUGACAACUUAAAGGGGUGACUAAUUGUUUUCCUCCAAUAAAUCCAAUUAAAUCA